GGUGCCGUGUCUCCCUGCUCCUCAAACUGUCUGGUGAUCACCAUCAUGGAGCUCCCUGCAGACUCCCCGUCCUCUGAGUCCCUGAGCAUGGUGGAUGUGGUGGAGGUUUACCGCCCCCCCAGCCUGGAGUCCCUGCCCUGCAGCCUGCCGGCUCACAAGUGUCGCGCCUGGACGUCUCGCAGUUUCCCGCGCUGCCUGCUGGGGGCACUGUGUCUGGUGUACUUCAGCUCUCUGCCUCUGGGGAUCUACCUGCUGAUGAUCGGGCGGCUGUGGCUCGGUGUGGUGCUUGUCAGUCUGGUUCCCUCCACGCUGCUGCUGCUCGUGCUCUACGGCUUCUGUCAGUGUUUGUGCCAUGAGCUGAUGGAGGCGCUGGCAACACGCCGACACACAUAACAAACACAUCCCCAAGACAACAACACAGCUGCCAUGGCAACAACGUACAACAACCGAGAACAACGAACCACACACUGUUUAUAACCGGCUGACCUGACGUAACACUUCGGUUUGUGGACUACGGUUUUGAAGCCUUGAGUUUAGCGCUUUCACUGUGGCCAUCUUGAUUUUUUGUCAUCAGCCUCUUGUUUAUUGCAACCAGCAUUACAAUGUAAAUGCUAACAUUGAUGAAGUGAGAACCAAACUGUGAAAGGGUUAAAGUUGUGAGAUGAAAACAUGAACAACACUGGAGUAAUCACAGGUAGCCCCGCCCUGAAGCAUACGCUGCUUUAUCGUCUAUUCUAAACGGGACCAUAACUCACUAAAUGACCAUCAUGCUGUGUUGAAGACGACAGAAGUAGAUACUAAAACAUUCACUCAUCAGAAAAAUGACCUACAAUAGACAUAGACUUCUCUACAAUCUGAGGUAAUAAAGAGAGAGAGAAGUAGGAACAUUCCUCAUAGACUUCUCUACA